CAAUAAAAAUGAAAAACCCUAAUUAGCAUCCAUCGGUCAUCUACCCGAUCCUUCUUCCGCUUCAUUUCCAUACCCCCGCUGCAACUCUUAUAAUCUUCAUCGACACUAAAUCCAUGGCGCACGCAACGGCCCAGCCCUAUCACGAUUACCCCUACGAUAUGAGACCCUUGCCCUACCCUGCGCCGCCGCCUGCAAGUCACUCGCCAGCCGGCCACUUCCAUCCAUCGAAUCCUGCCGUUGGUUUGCACUCUCCCUACUACGUUCAACAUUACACGCACCCUCCUCCUCCGGUUCCGAUUGUCAAUGUUAACCCCCAGCAACAGAAGAUCAACACACUCUUCGUUUCGGGGCUCCCUGAUGACGUCAAGGCCCGUGAGAUCCAUAAUCUUUUCAGCCGUCAUCAUGGAUUCGAGUAUUGCCAGCUUGAGUACACUGGCCGUGGCAAUCAGGCGGUUGCGUUUGCUACAUUUAUCAAUCAUCACUCAGCUGUGGCUGCAAUGGGAGCAUUAGACAGAACCAUUUUUGAUCCUGAGACUAGAGCCACCCUACACAUUGAGCUGGCGAGAUCAAAUUCAAAGAAACGCUCAAGAGGGGCUUCUGCUUAUUCGGUCAUUGACAAGCGAGCAAAAGUGCAAGAAGACGAUCAGAAUGACUGGACAGAUGAUGGAGAUGUUGGAUCUGAUGCAUCAUCGGACACAGAAAAUGAUAAUUCACACAAGAAGGGCGCCUUAGCUGCCACACAGAGUGGCGAGGCAGAGGGUAAGUUGACGAAUGGUAGAGCUGCUCUAGAUUCAGAGAAGACGACACGGAAUAUUCCACCUUGUUCUACUUUGUUUAUUGCAAAUCUUGGGCCAAAUUGUUCUGAAACAGAGCUAAAUAAAGCUUUAUCGAAGUUUUCUGGUUUCCAAACACUUAAAAUGAGAGCGAAAUGGGGAAUGCCUGUUGCUUUUGCCGACUUCGAGAACGUUGAAUCCUCUACUGCUGCGAUGGAAAGCUUGGAAGGCACUUUAAUAGACUCGUCUGAUCGUGGUGGAAUGCAUAUCGAAUAUGCAAGGUCCAAAAUGAGGAGAAACUGAUGGAGCUAGGGCUUCUUCGUAAGUCAAAUUGUCCUCUGUGUGAUAUAUAAUCAGUGCAUCGUACACUUUCUGCAUAUGGAAUGUUCUUAAUUAGGGGAAUGCCUAAUCAUUCUGCCAUUGGAAGUGCUAAAUUUUCAUUCUAGCUUAGUAAUUUUUAAAGCAAAAAGUUGUAAUUGCAUCACAGGAAAUUGGACCUUUUUGUUUCAAGUGCUGUAAUAUGCUAAAGUUUCUCUCUUAGGGUCUCACAUAUCUUUGGAAAAUGCUACUGACUAAGGCUUUGUUUGGGACGGCUUUCUUAUUGCUUCUUGAAGCGGUUUUUUAGUAUAAAAUUUUUAAUUUUUAUUCUAGAAAGCAGCUUUAUGAAGCAGGAAGAAAGCCGUCCCAAACGAAGCCUAAAUUUUCUAUCUGCUUUGUUUUCAGAACCUA